UUCAACUCCCUCUCAGCCACGGGUCAGCAGCUCAGACAGGCAACUUGUUCCUAUCCAGCUGGAAAGAGCAGAGCAUCGCAAGGUGCACACACAUACAUAAGACACACACACUUGUCUAUUUAGACUCACACAGACACAAAUACACACAUGUGCACUUUUAUACAUUUCAGGACCUUAUCUGUGGACCAGUGAAGAAGACUUUAAGCCGUGGGAGACAAAAGUUUGGAGGAGGAAAGGAAGGAGCGGAUACAAGGAGGAACUUUAAAAAGUGGACUUCUAGCAAGGAGGAGACAAACUAAAAGGAAAACUGAAGAUGACAUGUGGAGAAACUUUGCUGUUAUAGGAGGGAAGGCCCACUGUCAACCCAAAGUGAAGACUGGAUAUCAGUAACAUCCAGGGGAUCUGCUGAGUGCCAUUCCCCUCCCUUCUGUUUAAGGACUCCCACCCUCUACAGGGACAUCUCUUCAUCAUCAUCAGCAUGACUACAGCUUGCACAAGGUGCACCUUGGGAGCCUGACCCACCAUGUGCAGAUGGACGGCGUCCGUAGCUCAUCUCUGUCCUGAAUCCGCCUUUAGCACCACCACUACUGCAGCCUUCACUGGGCCAUUCAUCCCCCUGCCCAGUGCAGCCUCCUUCACCCUAGUAUGCUUCACCCUGCUCCUGGUCACCACUGGCUGUGCCACAGGGGCCUGUCCUCCUCGUGUAGGGCAUGAACCCCUGAAGGUGCUGGGGAAUGGCAUCAACUGUUCAUGGACAUUGGAAAGGCACACACGCAGUUAUAAUCACCUGGAGGGUGAUGUCAGACUUCGGCGACUUUAUUCUGCCAACAAGUUCUUCCUCUGCAUUGACAAAACAGGAAAAGUGGAUGGCACUCGGAGGAAAAACUAUGCUGACAGCCUGAUGGAAAUCCGAUCUGUCAGUGUGGGAGUUGUUGCCAUCAAAUCUGUCAGCACAGGGCUGUACUUAGCUAUGUCCAAGAAAGGCACACUCUUUGGAUCGGUGAAGUACAAUCCGAGCUGCAAGUUUAAAGAGCGCAUUGAGGAAAACGGCUACAACACAUAUGCCUCGCUCCGCUGGAAGCACGGCGGCAGACAGAUGUUUGUUUCGCUGAACGGGCGCGGGAAACCUCGGCGAGGUCACAAGGCUCGACGAAGGCACCCAUCCACUCACUUCCUGCCCAUGCUCCCCUCCUAAGUGCACAAGUCUGAACUCUGACCAACAGCUGGAUGGCACACCUGCCACCUCGCAUUAGUGUUGAUCCAGCUGCAAUAGCAAUGUCUGUUUUUGUUUUUCCAUCCUUAUGUCACAUAAAUGUACAUUUUCUGAGGUCUGUAACAUUUGUAGUUAGUAUGAUAUCUGCUUUUAAGUUAUUUUCUGCAUUUUCUUAUGAUGUUAAUAUAAUACCGUGCAGUUGAUUACAGUAAAAAAGAAAAAAAGAAAAAAGAAAAAAGAAAUAUCAGUAGAGGUUACACUAUCCAGCUGUGUGUAAAAUACGUAUAAAAAAAUUUGUAUAGUUGGUAUUAUAAGGCUGUAAGAGGAAAUAAAUGGGACAGAGAUUUAAAAAACAGUGGGUCUAAAAAUUGUGACAUCAAAAUAAUUGCAAAUCAAAAUUAAAACACCUGAAGAUGCUGAGGUCACAUUCUUAUAUAGAGUCAUAAUGAACAACUAAAUAUUGUUUAAGCAGUUUUUCUUUCUUUAAAGUAAAAAAAAACACAAUAUUGCACA